GAGACACCUUUAGCCACUGACCAACUGAGGAGCAAGAGGAGUGAGCUUCUAGCGGGACAUCUAGUGACACCUGUAGUGACAAAGUUGUGAGACUAAGGUUGGAAUAUCAUGUGUGUAUCUCGGCUGGUUUUGCUGCUUGGGCUGCUUCUAUGUGUGGGAGCUCAGCUGUCUGACGCCCAGCACUGGUCCCAUGGUUGGUACCCUGGAGGCAAGAGGGAGCUGGACUCUUUCGGCACGUCAGAGCUUGCAGAGGAGAUUAAGCUGUGUGAGGCAGGAGAAUGCAGCUACUUGAGACCCCAGAGGAGGAGUAUUCUGAGAAACAUAAUUUUGGAUUCCUUAGCCAGAGAGCUCCAGAAGAGAAAGUGAUGGCCUUCCACUCUACACUGCUUUUCUACCUGAACAACAACUUUAUGUUGAUUCUCUGAACUGGUGUAUUUGUUAAUUUUGUCUGUAAGGUUGUUUUCCAGCAUUACAUGUUUAAAUUGUAA